UAUCACAUCCGUCGAACAAGUACUGAUAAGGAAAUCCCUGUUCGUCAUCCCAGUCUGUUUUCUGAACUCUCGACGUUCACACCCUCUAUACUGUACUUAAAGGUGCAUAAUAGUGUUCGCUUGUGUCUUUGCGUUGAAGGGUGUGGGUACAGGACAUCGAAUCGCAACGAAGAGGCCCAGACUGACGCUCGCCAUAGUUAGCGAUGAGGGGGACGUGGCUAUUACUGAUCAGCCUGAGUCUGAUUUGCGCCGAGUCGGACUUCACUCUACUCUCGCAGGAAGAACGGGCAGGCAUUCCUGCAGUCUACGUAACCGAAGUGAGGAAGGUGUCUCGCCAAAAUGCUGAAAUCGACCACUCCGGCGACUCCCCACACCGCGACCACGACGUCAUGAUCGUGCUGGAGGACCAUGAGCACUUCGCCGGCGUCAAGAGGUGGCAUUUAACGUUCAUGCGCGGCGGGGAACAAUUCACGAGCGCCUUAGACGUCGAGGAGAACGUCGGCAGCGAGCAGAAGAAGUUUGUGUUCCCGACGGAGCUGAUAACCGAGGCCAACGCGGUCUUCAUCACUGCGAGAGACGAGGUUGGCACGACGCUGGCGUUUGGGUCGUCCCAGAUUAAAAUUCCGGAAAUGAAAUCGUACCUGGCUUGGGUGGGAACAGCCUACGAUCCCGCCGCCUCCUUCCUGCGCGUGGACCCUGGCACCCUACCCGUAGUAGAAAUCGGAGACCACGUAUGCAAGCAGAACACGAGUCCUUGCUACAUCCUGAAUGAGAGACUACCAGAGGUCGUUUCCCGGUGCCUCACCAUCACGGAUUUGGUCACCGACGUGCCCGUGAUGGUGUGUGACGACACGAUGAUCCCUUUCCACGAAUUAACCAUGGCUCUGACGGUCGAGUUCAUCGAAGACCAUACAAUAUUACUGACCUUAGUCACCUAUCAAGAGGAGGUCGUGACGAGCAUCGAGGUCGUCGCCUACGACCCUAACGACCCCUCCACCGUCUUCUCCCCCUUGGACUCCCAGUGCGAUCCCCGGGACGCCGUAGAACCAGGGCAAGUACAGUGCUCCCAGAACCUCAGACAGACCGAGAAACCUGACGGGAUUGAGGUGGUGAUCGUCGUGUUCACGUCUCAGAACGGGUCGUCGUUCCCUCAGUCCUUUAAACUCAGGCACUGGUUUAUAGUCGACGAUGAGCAGGCGCAAACAGGUGCGAUAGUCAUAGGCUCAAUCAUAGGUGUGUUGGUGGGCAUGGGUCUCAUCGCUGCCCUCAUCAUCCUCGUCAGGUGAAGAACAAGAGAG